GCUAGGAUGCCGCCGCCCUGCGUCCCUAGCAACCGCGGGCCCACGUCAAAGUUUGUUUAAUAAUCGGGGGCUUAUUUAUGGCCGCGGCAGCCGGCGGCCGCAGGGAAGCCAGAGACUCACCGGGCAGCGGAUGCGGCGCAGCGGCUGUGGCCCAGAGCACCUCCCCCCGGCUUCCCGCACCCUGCCCGGUCCAACCCCAGGGGGAGGAUGGCAACAGCAACGCUCUGAGCCCACCUGGAAGAUAACACCCUUCCCCCGCGCCACCAGCCCACCGUCUCGCAGAGGCCACCACCGCCUAGACCUCUCCGCGUCUCGAUCUCCCGGAGUGGAGCGGAAAGCGAGCGAUGGCGGAAACCUUGAGGAAACUGGUUUCUAACGGAACUUUGGGAAUGCUGCAGGACAAGUUGGAGUCGUGGAUGAGGGAGUAUAAUAACAACUCAUGCGACGUAAAUCUGAACACGUGUCUGGAAUUCAUUGAACAAAUUGCCAGAGUCCAGGGACAGUUCUUCAAGAUCCUCUCAGAAUCAGCCCAAGAAGGAGGACACUUUGACGGCAUGGAAGUUAUCAAAUCACGUCUUUUGCCUUGGCUGGAGACAUCUUUUAAUUCUGCCACGGCAGGGAAAUCGGUUGACAUCAUGCUCCCCUCUCUACAGGACUCAUUUGAGAAGGAGAGACGAGAGUCUGUUCUUCGUGAGCAAGAUUUUAGACAAUUAGAUUCUGACUUGAACUCAACUCGUUCUCAGCUCAACCAGGUUCAAGACGAUAUGUCUGCAACUGAAAAGACUCUUGAAGACAACAAGGACAGAUCGUCCAUAUCCAUUAUGGCUGCAGAGGAGGAAAUAAAUCAGCUAAGAAAGCAGCUAAAAUCUCUUCAAGCCCAGGAAGAGGCACGUCAUAGAAGCAGCAUUGACCAGCGAAACUCGGAAUUUAGGCGCUCAGAAAUACCUCGGGAACUCCUGGAGAGAAGGAGAACCACGAUUGAUUCGUCCACUAGUGAGAGGCCAUCCAUUGUGGAUCAGCAGAACUCGGGCAUAUCCGAUUAUGAGAAGCAGGUCCGGAACUUGAAGGACGAGAUAGCUGUUUUAUCUGCUGAGAAAACGUCACUCCAAGGAAGGCCCAUCAGGAGCCGCUCCCCCAGCCCCUCUGCCCGCAGCCGCUCGUGCAGCCCCGGCGGCAGCCGCUCCCGCAGCCGGCCCGAGAGCCCGUCGGCGCUGGCCGCGCAGACCCGGAGCCCGUCCCCGAGCCGCGCCAAGGGCUCGAGCGUGGCGCGCAAGGCCGCGCUCCUGUCCCGCUUCAGCGACGCCUACUCGCAGGCGCGCCUGGACGCGCAGUGCCUGCUGCGGCGCUGCAUCGACAAGGCCGAGACGGUGCAGCGCAUCAUCUACAUCGCCACCGUGGAAGCGUUCCAUGUAGCUAAAAUGGCAUUCAGACACUUCAAGAUUCGUGUGAGGAAGUCACUGACACCGUCUUAUGUGGGGUCCAGUGACUUUGAGGAUGCCGUCUCAGAUUACAUCAUUUGUCAUCUUGACCUAUAUGACUCCCAAAGCAGUGUUAACGACGUGAUUCGAGCCAUGAACGUCAACCCCAAGAUUUCCUUUCCUCCUGAGGUGGACUUUUGCCUCCUCAGUAGUUUCAUCCAGGAGAUCUGUUGCAUUGCUUUUGCUAUGCAGACCUUGGAACCACCCCUAGACAUAGCAUUUGGAGCUGAUGGAGAAAUUUUUAAUGAUUGCAAGUACCGCCGCAGCUAUGACUCUGAUUUCACUGCUCCCUUGGUCUUCUACCACGUGUGGCCUGCUCUCAUGGAGAAUGACACUGUCAUUAUGAAGGGAGAAGCUGUCACCAAGAGAGGGGCUUUUUGGAAUUCAGUGCGAUCUGUAACUCGAUGCCGAAGCAGGAGUUUAAGUCCCGUCUACCCCCGUAGUCACAAUUGUUUAAACAUGAUAUCUCGAAGUCGAAGUCCUUCUCCAAUAAGAUGUGUAUUGCCAAGGUUUUGAACUACUUGACAUGUUCUUUUGCCAUAGAACAUUCGCAACCACGUCCUCCCCAGUGUCUCCAUCUUCCUGCUGGACCUGCUUAAGCAUCACUUAAGAUAAUGUGAAAAGGCAAUUCUGUGUAUCACUCCACACAGAAAGUUAAAUGCGUUGGUUUAGAGCAUUUACAACGUCAAAGAUAUUGCAUUCUAUUUUAUUUUAUAGCUACGGAUGCCAUCAAUUCGAUAAAAACUCUUGCCUAGGUGUUUAGGAUCAUAUUCAUUUGAAGCAAAGUCCAUGCCAUAGGUUUCAGCUUUUUCUUUUUUUUUGGCCUGAAAUAUGAACGAGGCUUAAAAAAAAAAGCCAUUAAAUAAGGCAUAGUGAAAAAAAUCUUGGCCUUGAAUUCCAAAGACAAAUUCUUAAAGUUUAUUGAUUGAUCCUAAACUCAUAAUUUCUUGUGUUGAUAUUACCUUGAGAACAAUAUUGGAGAGUUAAUGGUUCUGAAGGUGUGGAAG